UCAGGCUAAAUAAGUACGAUGUAUUACAAAUAUAUACUGUUAUGAAUUGGUAAUGAUAAUAAUAAUAAAUUUAUUUAUGCAUAUAAUACAUGAAUAGUACAAAACUUAUUCUUUAUCAUCACAAUUUAAAGUUUAUUGAAUGAAUGUGAAUAUGGGUAUUCCAAUUGAUCGAUUUGUAAAUCCAGUUGAUGAAAAUCUAAUCUGUGGUAUUUGUCAUGGUGUAUUUAUUAUACCUGUAGUAACAGAAUGUGGUCAUACAUUUUGUGCUAACUGUUUAAAAAUAUGGUUAAAUUCAAAAUUGGAACAUUUAAAUCAUUUAACAAUAAGUGAUAAUGAACGAACACGUUUUCAAUUUACAUGUCCAACUUGUCGAACAAAAUUAAAUGUUAAUAAUUCACAACAAAAUAAUUCUAUAAAUUCAGUCGUAAAUACAACAAACAAUAUAAAUAAUCAUAUUAAUAAUUAUUGUUUUCAUGAUAAACCAAAUAUUAAUUUAUUAUCAAUAGCUAGACCAGUACUUGCAUUAAAGAAUUUUUUAAAUUCUUUACAAAUCUAUUGUGAAUAUGCUAAACGUGGAUGUACUACUAUUGGCAGUGUAGAAUUAAUACAUUUUGGUAAUCAUCGACAUGUAUGCGCUUAUGUACCAGUUGAUUGUGCUGGUUGUGGUAGAACAUUAAAUAGAAUUGAAUUAGCUGCUCAUCAACUAGGCUGUUUUGGUAUACAGGCUGAACUAGGUGAAAUACACCGGGAAAAUAUUAAACUAUCACAAGAAGUACAAUCAACAGUUGAUGUUGGUAUUCAAACUUUAACAUGUUCCUUAGAAGAAGAAGAAGAAGAAUUGAUUCGUCAAAGAAAUUGUACACAUUUAACACAAUCCAAAGAGAUAACAACAAAUUUAUGCAGUUCUAGUGUUCAAACAUAUGAUGAAAAUUUAAAAAGUACAUGUGAUUUUCAAGUUCAAACAGACUUCAAUCAUAAUUUAUCUUCGAUAAAAAUUGAUCAACACUAUAAUAACAGAAGUUUACAACUUUUAAAUGUUAGUUUAAUUAAACUUGUUCAUGCAUUACGUGUGGAAUUAGACUCAGCUCAAAAUGAAUUAUAUAUGAGAAAUGGGAAAUAAGUUUAACAUUCCUAAAUAAUGAAGAUUAUCAACUAUUUAUUGACUUAUUUAAUUAAAUAAAUGAAUUUAUGAACUAUGUAAAACAUGUUUUUAUACUAUUACCAGAAUAAUAAAUCAUAAGCCUAUAAAAAG